AUGUCCUACCUCCCUGAGGUGCACCCCUGCCUGCUCUGCUUUGGGCCCCCCCUUCAGCGGGCGCGRCUUUGCCGUGACAUUACUGGUGCCUCUGUCAACGACCCCGAACAUCAAAAAUGCCAUGAGGCCAUUGUCGAGGCUGCUAAACCACUUGCCUCCAUCACUGUAGGGUCAGGACAGCGUGAGGAACUUCGGGACAUUGUCAUGGAUGCUAUGUAUUUUAUAGAAGACCAAAAGGACAAGAAGCCCUUGAACAAGUCUCUGCAGGAAGCUGUCAACAAAAUCUGGGCAAAGCUGAGCCGGCUAGGGAAAGUUCCAGCCUGUGUCCCACCCUGUGGAUUUCAGCCAGCUGCCCGCGUCUUCCAGUGUGCUACUUGCCGUUUGGUGGACUGUCAGUUUGCUCUGGACUGCCCAGUGCAGGACCUGUGGACCUACACAGAUGAAACUGUYGUGCUGCGUUGCAAGGUGCCCUUCUCUGUCCCCACCGGCCUGCCCAUCACCUGGAUGUUUGCCCCAAAUCUGCGCACACAGGACAUGACGCUGUUCAAGGAGCUGAAGGGGAAUCCAGAGAAGCCCUUCAGCCUGACCAUCGAGGAACCCGCUCCAGGAACCGUUGUCUGUCAGCUGGGGGAACUUUCCAAGCCCGUUAUCCGCAAGUUCUUCUACCUCAACGUGUCAGAGGGAAGCGUGGAGGAAGAGAAAGGACUCCAGACUGUSUUUAGCACUGUGCUGCACUGGCUUGACAACGAGCCCCCCCUGCCCCAAGUACCAACCACGGGACUGGCUCUGGCCUUCGGCUCCAUGGCAUUCGUUCUGCUGCUGGUGUGA